CUUCAGGACCCGUUCAGACGCACAUCGUCUUCCAUCCCUUAACCCAUAAGCCACUGCGAGCAGUGAUGUCACAAACUUGAAUCUGAUUGGCGGAUUUUGUAGUGUUUGUUUACAUCUUUUUCGACAUUGUUAAUUAUCGCUGUAGAACGUUUUCGGAGUUUUCGGCAUGGCUCAAGAAAGACUUUCGCUUUUUCUGCAAUUAUUUUUGCACCUACAGCUGAAUAUGCGCUGUUUAGAGGGCAGAUCGCUACCCAAAAGACGGCGGCUUCGACGAAGGAAAAUUAUGUGUUCCUUCAUAAAUGCAACGUUAACGUCACUAGAAUUGGCAUACCCAGAGCGACGUUUAUGGUCCAAAGUGCGAUCUUCGGUGUUCUGGGAAAAUGUAGUUCUCUCAUCAUGGGAUGAUAAGGACUUCAAGGAAAAUUUUCGUAUUACUCGGACUACUUUCAACUACAUCUGCAGCAAGUUGCGAUCUCAACUAGUCAAAAAGCAUGUAGUGAGAAAACCUAUAUCUGUAGAAAGAAGAGUGGCAAUAGCUCUUUCGAAGUUAGGUUCCUGUGGAGAGCUAAGAACCAUUUCAAAUUUAUUUGGAGUGGCUCGCUCUACUGCUUGCACUAUUGUUGCUGAAGUCUGCAGUGCACUGAGCAAAGAAUUCAAAAUUACUUUCCCACAAAAUGAUGACCUACAAAUGAUAGCCCAGGGAUUUUAUGAUAAUGGUGGAUUACCUGGUUGCUGUGGAGCUGUAGAUGGAUCUUACAUCCCGAUUAAAGCUCCAAACAAGUGUGGGAAAGAUUAUUUUUGCCGAAAGCAGUUCUUCAGCAUAAUUUUGCAAGCAGUUGUCGAUGAUAGACUGCGUUUUAUAAAUUUGAAUGUUGGAUGGCCUGGUUCGGUCCAUGAUGCUCGAGUAUUAAGAAAUUCCAAUUUGUUUAGAGCAGGUCAAAGCAAUAAACUCUUUUCACCUACAAAUAUAAGGCUAAGAAACCAUAAUGGCAAUGUAAAGCCAUUUCUUGUGGGUGAUCAGGCAUACCCAUUACUAAAUUGGCUUAUAAAGCCUCAUAGAGGUCAUUUAAAUGCCGAAAGAGCUCUUUUUAAUAAGAAAUUGAGUACUUCCCGCAUUAAUGUAGAACAUGCUUUCGGUCAGCUAAAGGGAAGAUGGAGAUGCCUUCUGAAAGAAAAUGACAGUAAUGUUGAAAAUGUAAAAUCACAAGUGUUGGCAUGCUGUCUUAUGCAUAACAUAUGUAUUACACUAGAUGAUGAAUUCCUCGAUGACUGGCUGAUACUGGAUGACGAAAAUUCAGAUGUAUCUUUAGAAGAAGAUAAUCUGUCGAUUUCUGGAGAAAACCUCACUGGAAAUCUAGACAGUCUUGUAUCUGGAGCAGAUGUUCGAGAUUUCCUAAUGCAGAAUUUGUGAAAACUUGUAAUU